AUGAGCGUCGAUGAGUUGAGAGAAUCAAUACAACAAUAUUCAGCGCAGCUUACUCAGAUCACACAAGCCUUGCAACUUACCAAAGAUGAAGACGAGAAAGAUGAGCUGGAGAAGUUGAAGCUUGAUCUUACGGAACUACUUAACCUCACCCAGGAAACACUUGAACACACAACUGACGACGAAGUGCAUUCAAGACAUGAGACCGAACAUACAGAACGUAGCAAACCUGCACUAGAAUCGACAGCAGGCGGUUCCAUUGACGAUGAGUUUGCACAGUUUAUGAAAGAAAUCAACCAGCUUGAUACCGACCAGUGCCACCGAGAGGGAGAAAGUCAAUGCGUGUCAGAUGUCACAUUGAAUGACUCGUUGAAUCUGGAUGAACUGCUCGGUAGCAAAUGUUUGGCACCACACGAACACACUUGGGGCUCGACUGUGUACCACAACGCCAUGGUAUGCAGUCUAGAUACCUCCAACUUAGCUCAAGCUACCGCGAAGGUCCUAUUCACGAACCCCACUCAUCGCGAGAUGAUACCGUGUGCGUACUUUCUAGACGGAGAAUGCCGUUUUGAGGACGACAAGUGCCGCUACUCACAUGGUGAAGUGGUCCUGCUCAACGAACUGCGUGACUAUCGUCAGCCUCAGUUCGAGCGAUUACGUCGCAAAGGAAGCCGAGCUCUCGUAAAGCAAUCCUCGCGUCUUUGGUGCAAGGGUACUGUGUUGGAGGUGGACUUUGAGGCAAAGCGGUGCAAGAUCCAGCUGGAGGAUGGCAAACGCGAACACAUAGAAGUACCGUUUGAGGAUCUUUGGCCAUUGGAUGAUGAUGAUGAUGGCCAUGAUUCCGAAGGGAAAACUAGCUCCAGUGAGGAUGAGGCUGAUGAAGAGACCAUCUGGAAGGCUCAGCUGGUAGAGAAAAGCCUCUUUCAUGCUGCGCCCGACAGGCGGUUGGGCGAGUGGGAGGAACACACGCGUGGUAUCGGUUCUAAGAUUAUGCAAAAAAUGGGCUAUGUAGUUGGCACCGGGCUCGGCAGAGAAGGUGAAGGGAUAGUGGUUCCGGUAAGUGCACAAGUCCUACCGCAGGGCCGCUCGCUCGAUUACUGCAUGGAAUUGCGGGAACAGGCCAAUGGAGACAAAAAUUUGUUCAGUGUGGAGAAAAAGCUCGUACAGUUGAAGAAGCAGCAGGAAAAGCGUAACGCUAGAGAUUUCGCGCGACGAAGCAAAGCUAAUGGGGCUAAGGACGUGUUUAGUUUCAUCAACGAGCAGGUAUUUGCUGGUGGCGGAAGUUCAAAUACGCGCCAACAUGCGAAAAAUCCAGCUUUGACCGGACGCGAGCUGAAGGAUCAUUCAUCCAAGAAUCUGAACAUAGCUAGCCUGAAGCUAUCGGAGGAGAUUCGUCGAACAGAAGCCGAUGUAGAACGACUAAAAGUAACGCUUGCGAGGCAUAAACCGGACACGCCCGCAUUUGACAACAUUCGGCGGCAGAUUGAUGCGAAAAAGGCCGAAAUUUCUCGCCUGCAGGCAUCCGAGUAUAACAUUUCAAAGGAGCAGCAACUUCGAAAUGACAAACGCAAGAUGACGGUAUUUUAAAAAGUAAUUAUAUGCUAAUAAAUAGGAACCAUGCACUCCAAUU